GCAGCCAUUUGCGUUAUGAGGUGCUGCUGUUGCUUCUUGCUUCGUAACUGCAAGGAUCUUGUCAACAAAACGUGAAAUGGGAAAAUCGUAUUUACAGUAACGGCCAGAUGCUUGUAUUACAUUUGUAGAGUUUUAUUGAAAGAAAUGGAUGAAGAAAGCACGUUCAAGCUUUUAAUCAAGCUAACUCAGGAUGGACAUCUGAGUAUGCUUAAAGAGCAGAUAGAGGGAACAAGCGGGGUUUACUUUAAGCAGCCUAUAAAUGCACAUUUUGGGAAAUCUGGAGAUACACUAUUGCAUUAUGCGGCCAGGCACGGGCACUUCGAUAUCCUGAGGUAUUUCAUUGAGGAACUGGGCAUGGACGUUGAGUUGUACAAUAAUGAUUACAAGAGAGCUUUACACGAGGCUGCCUCCAUGAGUCAUGAGCAGUGCGUUCAGUAUCUGAUCGACAGAGGAGCACAAAUCGACUGUCUGAAGAAAGCAGACUGGACUCCUCUCAUGAUGGCCUGCACCCGAAGGGACCUUGGGGUUAUUAAAGUGCUUCUGGACCACGCUGCCGACCCAACUCUCCACAAUAAAGAUGGCUGGAACUCAUUCCACAUUGCGUGCCGAGAAGGUGAUCCAGCUGUGAUUGAGCAUCUCCUGCUGGUCAGACCGGAGGUGUGGAGGACAGAGAGCAAGACCCGUAGGACACCCCUGCACACUGCUGCCAUGCAUGGCUGUCUGGAAGUAGUCAAGAUCCUUCUUGAGAAAUGUGCUUACAAACCGGACGAGAAGGACAGCUGUGGAGUUACUCCAUUCAUGGAUGCUGUCAGAAAUGGGCAUCUUGGGGUAGCCAAGCUGCUACUGGAGAAACACCAAGCCUGCCCCACUGCUGUAGAUAUUCUGGGAGCGCAGCCCUUACACCAAGCGUCUGUGACAGCCCAAGAAGAAGCUUUAUGUUUCCUCGUACAGGACCUCAGCGUUGAUGUGAACGCAAGAGCCACAAAGCUGGAGCUCACAGCUUUGCAUUAUGCUGCUAAGGAGGGUCACACGAGCACCAUAAAAACCCUGCUGCAGCUGGGUGCCGAUCUUCAUGCAAGAGAUAAGAAAGGAAGAUCAGCUUUACACAUGGCAUGUAUUGGCCAGCAGGCAGCCACAGCCCAGACCUUGCUGCAACAUGGACUCAUGGACACAGAGGACAGCACAGGCACAAUGGCCAGACAGCUCGCCAAGAAACCAGACAUAACCAGAGUGUUCGAGAGCCCUGAAGAGAUAGAGCCUUGACAACCAGCUAUGCAAGAAUUUGUACUCAAUAAUGAUUUAGCUCUUUGCAAAUGUGUUAUGAAAUAAAUCAAACAUGUCCAUGCAGAAAA